AUGACCGCCGAAGUAUCGCAUGGUAGAGGUGGGGCUGGCAAUAUGGCCGCCGACGAUACCCAAUACGUUGACGGCGAGGUCGUGAGGGCCGGCCCGAGGGCUCCCACGGAACGGGCGCAUUCAGCUCUGGCAGAGGAGGCGGCGUCGGCGCAUUCGCCCGCAGAGCCGAACCCCCACACCCCCACCAGAGCCGGAAACAUUGCCGAUGCCAAGAGCGAGCCCGCUCCGCGCGCCGACAAGGACGUCGUCCCCGAGGAGGCUUACCGCCCCUCGACCGAGGGUCAGGACUACCACGUCGGCCGGGGCGGCGCCGGCAACGCCGUCGAGACGGACAAGCCGGCCGCGCACAAGGAUAUUGACCACGAGAAGAAGGCCGCCGCCCAGGCCCGCGCCGACGGUAACCCGGGCGUCAGUGUCGCCGACAAGCUCAAGGCCAAGAUCCUUGCGCCCUUCAACAAGAAGUAA